GAGGCGCUGAGGCGCUGGCGGAGGCUGCAGCUACCUCCGCGCUCGCUCGACUCUCUAGGACGUGUCUGGCUCCCCGAGUCGGGGGCGGCUCCCUUCCGCCUCGGAGCUGAGCUGCCCGGCCUUCGACGACUGCAGGCAGACCACUGCCCUCCAGGAACGAUGGGCAUUGCUCGACCCAGCUGGGACUCUGCCAGGCUCCAGCACUCAGCCUAAGGAAGGGCCCUCUUCCAGCCCUGCUCUUCCUGCCUGUCAUGGCCACACUCAGCUGCUGCCCGCUCAUCUGGGGAUGUAGGGAACCCAGCCCCAGCCCUGAGAGGUUAAGCCAGGCCCUCUGGCUCCAUUCCACAGGGGCACUCCGGGCACCAGGCCCCUUUCGGAGCAAGAGCAACUGAUGGCACGGGAGAAGCCCUUGCCCACCUGUCCACUCACCUGGCACUGCCUGCUCUAAGACCCAUGCACUGGGUCCCCCUGGAGGUGCCAACCCUGUGAACCCCUCCCCAUCCCCCCAACGCUGAGAAGGCCUUGUCCCCCCCCACCAUGUGUGAGGUGAUGCCCACAAUCAACGAGGGGGACCCCCUGGGGCCCCCCCAUGGCGCCGAUGCUGACGCCAACUUUGAGCAGCUGAUGGUGAACAUGCUGGAUGAGCGGGAGAAGUUGCUGGAGUCCCUUCGGGAGAGUCAGGAGACCUUGGCAGCCACGCAGAGCCGGCUCCAAGAUGCCCUGCAUGAGCGGGACCAGCUCCAGCGCCACCUGAACUCUGCCCUCCCCCAGGAAUUUGCCACCUUAACCCGGGAGCUGAGCAUGUGUCGGGAGCAACUUCUAGAAAGGGAGGAAGAGAUAUCAGAGCUGAAAGCAGAGCGGAAUAACACAAGGUUGCUUCUGGAACAUCUGGAGUGCCUGGUGUCCCGCCAUGAGCGGUCGCUGCGGAUGACUGUGGUCAAGCGCCAGGCCCAGUCACCUUCAGGGGUCUCCAGUGAGGUGGAGGUGCUGAAGGCUCUCAAGUCACUGUUUGAGCACCACAAGGCCCUGGAUGAAAAGGUGCGGGAGCGGCUCCGAGCAGCCCUGGAGCGCGUUACCACCUUGGAAGAGCAGCUGGCGGGGGCCCACCAGCAGGUGUCUGCCCUGCAGCAGGGAGCAGGGGUUCGGGAUGGAGCGGCAGAAGAGGAGGGGGCCGUGGAACUGGGACCAAAGCGCCUGCGAAAGGAUGACACGGGCCGGGUAGAGGAACUACAGGAGCUCCUGGAGAAGCAGAACUUUGAGUUGAGCCAGGCCCGGGAGCGACUGGUCACUCUGACAGCAACCGUGACUGAGCUGGAGGAGGACCUGGGCACGGCCCGCCGGGACCUCAUCAAGUCAGAGGAGCUAAGCAGCAAGCACCAGCGGGACCUCCGGGAGGCUCUGGCCCAGAAAGAGGACAUGGAGGAGAGAAUCACGACACUAGAGAAGCGCUACCUGGCUGCUCAGCGUGAGGCCACAUCCAUCCAUGACCUCAAUGACAAACUGGAGAACGAGCUGGCCAAUAAGGAGUCCCUGCACCGUCAGUGUGAGGAGAAGGCCCGACACCUGCAGGAGCUACUGGAGGUGGCGGAGCAGAAGCUGCAGCAGACCAUGCGCAAGGCCGAGACACUGCCGGAGGUGGAGGCUGAGCUGGCUCAGAGAAUCGCGGCCCUCACCAAGGCUGAAGAAAGGCAUGGCAACAUUGAGGAACACCUGCGGCAGCUGGAGGGGCAGCUGGAGGAGAAGAACCAGGAGCUGGCAAGGGUGCGCCAGCGGGAGAAGAUGAAUGAGGACCACAACAAGCGGCUGUCGGACACCGUGGACCGGCUGCUUAGCGAGUCCAACGAGCGCCUGCAGCUGCACCUCAAGGAGCGAAUGGCGGCCCUGGAGGAGAAGAAUACGUUGAUCCAGGAGCUGGAGAGCUCCCAGCGGCAGAUCGAGGAGCAGCACCAUCACAAGGGCCGCCUGUCUGAAGAGAUUGAGAAGCUGCGCCAAGAGGUGGACCAGCUGAAGGGUCGAGGGGGGCCGUUUGUGGAUGGCGUCCACUCCAGGUCACAUAUGGGCAGCGCAGCAGACGUGCGGUUCUCCUUGAGCACAGCCACCCACGCACCCUCGGGUCUGCAUCGCCGCUACUCGGCACUGCGGGAGGAGUCUGCCAAGGGCUGGGAGCCCUCUCCACUGCCUGGGGUGCUGGCCCCCACAGCCACCCCUGCCUUUGACAGUGACCCUGAGAUCUCCGACGUGGAUGAGGACGAGCCAGGGGUUCUGGUGAGCUCCGUGGAUGUUGUCUCCCCCAGUGGCCACUCGGAUGCCCAGACCCUGGCCAUGAUGCUGCAGGAGCAGCUGGAUGCCAUCAACGAAGAGAUCAGGAUGAUCCAGGAAGAGAAAGAGUCCACCGAGCUCCGUGCCGAGGAGAUUGAGACCCGCGUGACCAGCGGCAGCAUGGAGGCCUUAAACCUGACCCAGCUGCGCAAGCGCGGUUCCAUCCCCACCUCUCUGACCGCCUUGUCCCUGGCCAGCGCGUCCCCUCCGCUCAGCGGCCGCUCCACACCUAAGCUCACCUCCCGCAGUGCAGCCCAGGACCUGGACCGCAUGGGGGUCAUGACCUUGCCCAGUGACUUAAGAAAGCAUAGGAGGAAGCUGCUGUCGCCAGUGUCUCGGGAAGAGAACCGGGAGGAUAAAGCCACCAUAAAAUGUGAGACUUCUCCUCCUUCCUCACCCAGGACGCUGCGGCUAGAGAAGCUUGGCCACCCAGCCCUGAGCCAGGAAGAAGGCAAAAGUGCUUUGGAGGAUCAGGGCAGCAACCCCAGCAGCAGCAACAGCAGCCAGGACUCCUUGCACAAGGGUGCCAAGCGCAAGGGCAUCAAGUCAUCCAUCGGCCGUCUGUUCGGGAAGAAGGAGAAGGGCCGGCUCAUCCAGCUGAGCCGAGAUGGAGCCACGGGCCAUGUUAUGCUGAUAGACUCUGAGCUUGGUCUGCAGGAGCCCAUGGUGCCUGCCAAGCUGGGGACCCAGGCAGAGAAGGACCGGCGACUGAAGAAGAAACACCAGCUGCUUGAAGAUGCUCGCAGGAAAGGAAUGCCCUUUGCCCAGUGGGAUGGCCCUACUGUGGUCUCCUGGCUGGAGCUCUGGGUGGGGAUGCCUGCCUGGUACGUGGCAGCCUGCCGGGCCAACGUCAAGAGUGGGGCCAUCAUGUCGGCCCUGUCGGACACAGAGAUCCAGCGUGAGAUUGGCAUCAGCAACGCCCUGCACCGGCUCAAGCUCCGGCUGGCCAUCCAGGAGAUGGUGUCGCUGACCAGCCCCUCCGCCCCGCCCACCUCCAGGACUUCUUCUGGAAAUGUCUGGGUCACCCAUGAAGAGAUGGAAACUCUGACAACACCCACUAAAACAGACAGUGAGGAGGGCAGCUGGGCUCAGACCCUGGCCUAUGGGGACAUGAACCACGAGUGGAUCGGGAACGAAUGGCUGCCCAGCCUGGGGCUCCCCCAGUACCGCAGCUACUUCAUGGAGUGCCUGGUGGACGCGCGCAUGCUGGACCACCUCACCAAGAAGGACCUGCGGGUCCAUCUGAAGAUGGUGGACAGCUUUCACCGAACCAGUCUUCAGUAUGGCAUCAUGUGUCUGAAGAGGCUGAAUUAUGACCGAAAGGAGCUGGAGAAAAGGCGGGAGGAAAGCCAGCAUGAGAUCAAGGAUGUGCUGGUCUGGACCAACGACCAGGUGGUUCACUGGGUCCAGUCCAUUGGGCUCCGGGAAUAUGCGGGAAAUCUCCAGGAGAGCGGUGUGCACGGUGCCCUGCUGGCCCUGGAUGAGAACUUUGACCACAACACGCUGGCCCUGGUCCUCCAGAUCCCCACACAGAACACGCAGGCACGCCAGGUGAUGGAAAGAGAGUUCAACAACCUGCUGGCCUUGGGCACAGACCGGAAACUGGAUGAUGUGAGUACUUGGUUGUGA